UUGUUGAGUUCACAACAGUUCGCUCUAUUUAAAGAGACAACAACAUGGCACACGGUCUGGUCAGACGGGAGUCUGUGGAAACCGAGAUGCACAAGUCUAAUACAAAGAAGAAAACCUUUAUUUUCACCAAGAAGAGGGGCUACGAUGUUACCAGAAACCCCCACCUGAACAAGGGCAUGGCGUUCACCCUGGAGGAGCGUCUCCAGCUUGGAACCCACGGCCUGCUGCCUCCUUGCUUCAUUACUCAGGACGUCCAGCUGCUAAGGGUGCUUAAAAACUACGACAUGCAGAAAGAUGACCUGGACAGAUACGUGUUCCUGAUGGGGCUCCAGGACCGCAAUGAGAAGCUCUUCUAUCGGGUACUGAUGUCAGACAUCGAAAGGUUCAUGCCCAUCAUUUACACCCCCACUGUGGGCCUGGCCUGCCAACAGUAUGGACUCAUUUUCAGAAGACCAAGGGGGCUGUUCAUCACUAUUCAUGACCGAGGCCACAUUUCUACUCUGCUCCAGAACUGGCCAGAGAAAGACAUCAAGGCGGUGUGUGUGACAGAUGGAGAGAGGAUCCUCGGACUGGGAGACCUGGGCAGCUAUGGUAUGGGUAUCCCCGUGGGGAAGCUGGCCCUCUACACGGCCUGUGGAGGCGUGCCGCCGCAGCAGUGCCUGCCUGUCAUGCUGGAUGUGGGAACAGACAAUGAGACUCUGCUGAAGGACCCUCUCUACAUCGGGCUGAGACAUAAGAGAGUACGAGGCCAGGCCUAUGAUGACCUGCUGGAUGAGUUUAUGAAAGCUGUGUCAGACAGGUAUGGGAUGGACUGUCUCAUUCAGUUUGAGGACUUUGCAAAUGUUAAUGCCUUCCGACUGCUGAGCAAGUAUCGCAACAAGUACUGUACAUUCAACGAUGACAUCCAGGGCACUGCUUCUGUAGCGGUAGCUGGACUCCUCGCUGCCCUCCGCAUCACCCAGAGCAAAAUGGGCGACCACACUGUUGUGUUCCAAGGAGCAGGAGAGGCAGCGAUGGGGAUCGCUGAGCUGAUUACCAUGGCCAUGGAGAAGGAGGGACUCCCAAAGGAAGAGUGUUUGAAAAAGAUCUGGAUGGUUGAUUCCAAGGGUCUCAUUGUCAAGGGUCGAGACCACCUGACUCAUGAGAAGGAGAGGUUUGCUCAUGAGCACCCACAGAUGAGGGAUCUGGAAGAUGUAGUCCGAGAACUGAAACCUACAGCGAUCAUUGGUGUGGCAGCUGUUCCCGGAGCAUUCACUGAGCAGAUCAUCAGAGACAUGGCUUCCUUCAAUGAACGUCCAAUCAUCUUUGCCCUCAGCAACCCAACCAGUAAAGCAGAGUGUACUGCUGAGCAGUGUUACACUCUCACAGAGGGUCGGGGCAUCUUUGCCAGUGGUAGUCCGUUUGAUCCCGUCACACUGCCUGAUGGGAGGACACUCUACCCCGGCCAGGGGAACAAUGCCUACAUCUUUCCUGGUGUGGGCCUGGGGGUCAUCGCCUGUGCUAUCAGACACAUCCCUGAGGAAAUCUUCCUCACUGCAGCUGAGGCUCUGGCUCACCUGGUGACAGAGAAAGACCUUGAGGAGGGAAGACUGUAUCCUCCUCUCAGCACCAUUGGGGACGUGUCUCGUAAACUGGCUGUCAGGAUCAUGGAGUAUGCAUAUGAGAACAACAUGGCCACACUUCAACCGGAGCCAUCUGACAAAGAAGCUUACGUGAACUCACUCACCUACAGCACUGACUACGAUGAGUUUGUUGUUGACUCGUACCGCUGGCCAGAUGCCAGUAUGACAGUGCAGUCAUGCAAACUUUAAUGCACUGAGCAGAGACAGAAUGAGCCCUGGAGGGGGGCAAGAACUACUGAAAUGCAAUGUCAUCACAGGACAUGUUUGAAUAUGAAAGAGGCUGUGUGUAGAAUUUUCUCAUUGAUAUAUUACUGUGAAGGAAAUGAUGACAACACAUGCAGAGGUUAAGGACUGGAUGUCACUGAGGCUAUACAGCAGUAAAAACAUUAGUAGUGACAAAGUUAAAGAGAUAGUGACACAAUAAAUGGAAAUAAGUUCAGUGUAAAGGGAAGCUCUUUGUAAUACAUGUGAAAUAUGGCACUAAAGGCAAUUUACAAUAAUAUACUUUGGGAAAGUUCUUCACUGGUAACUUUUAAUUGUACUGUAAUAGACAGUUACUUUAUGACUGUGUCAGGUUUAUUUCAAAAACUAUUUGUCAAAUAAAAAAGUUUUUGAUAAAGUUUUUCAUCUCUGAUCACAUUUACACAGAAAUCAGGAAAAGUAACUUUAGAGAAUAGAUAUAAAAGAGAGUGAUAUUUAUUUUUUCUUUUCAGAGUUCAGAGUCAGUGACACACUAAUUGCUUUUAUUGUAUCUUUUGUAGGUUUAUCACCAGAUUAGGACAUUUUUAGGUGAAUUUGAUUCUUCAUAGCUUGUUACUUUCUGUUAAGUAGACUAAACAACUGGAUAAUGUAAUUUCUAAAAUGUUUAUUCAUGCUACUCUGGCUCCCUUUAGAGGAAAAUCUGUGUCAUUGCAAUGAAAUUUGCAGCUAAUUAUUCAAGCUCUAAAGGGAACCCUGCAUAUUUAGACAUACUGACUUACUGGUAUGUCUCUUUUAUAUGUAUGCUGUACAAAGGAGCACACUGCCUAUAUUUUAGAAAAUCAACAAAACAGAUUCUGUCUUAGGCUGUCUCUGUUUCCAGUACACUUUUUCAGCUCUGUCCUCCUUAAGGCCCUUUUAAAGUCCCUAUAGAGUGAUUAAAAAAAAUCUUUAUUUUAGGUUUGUUGUAUGACAGGCUAUUGUGUUAUGAACCUCCAGGCCAGAUUUUAGUCAUGAAAAACAUCUCUAAGUUUAUAAAAAUUAAGUUGAGCAGAGAGUUUAUGUCAUUUUAGUGUUAGGGGGGUGGGGUAAAUUCCCCAUCAAGACUGGUGACGUCAUGGGCCCAUGUAUUUGCCCUGCAUGAAAAAAACCAAGCCAGGAAAGGGGUGAAAAGCUUUCGAACAGUCUAAAUCAAAAAUUUAGUCACACUUAGAUCUCAGUGUUUUCACAUGUUUAGAGCAACCAUAUUCCAGCAUAUCUAAUGUGUUACGACACAUUUUGGUUUCACUUUAAAGGGACUUUGAUCAUAACCUGACUGCAGUUUAAAAGAAUAGAAAAAUGAGAAACUUACUGUAACGCAAACCAAGCUGAGAACAGUCAAAAAGAACACCUUGGUGGCCAACAUAUGCAUCUAAUUUUCAAUUUUCUCAAUGCAGAAAUACUAUAAGACAAACUUUGCACAGCAAACAUAAAGAGGGUACCAAUGUCAAAGUAUCUUUAUUUAUCUAGUCAUACAAAGUAGUACACUUGCAAAGCAGUUUGCCAGACUGUCGUCAGGCAAAGCCAUCUCAAAAAAUUCCAGUCCAUAUAGUUUGUGAGGAAUGAGGCAUUAGCUUUAGGGGGUUUAGUUGUACUGUGAGCUGCAGUGGUGUAGUGGUUUUUGCAAAAGUGGGUAAACUCUAGAUUUAUAUACUCUUUUUUUGGGUAUACUCUUUAUUUAGACGUGGGUGUACUCUAUGGAGACUGAAGAAAGUGGGUAUACUCCAUGUACUCCACUGCACACUGGCCGUUAGCAACCUCCAGUGGAGCUGUUGGCUCAGAUGUAGAUGCAGUAUAGCUACAGUUUUACCAGAACUGUACCAGAUUUCUUUAUUAAAUAAAGAGUAAAGAACAGCACUGAAAGCUUUUCAUGACUGAAAAGAUGUUUUCUUCUUCCUCUGACUUACUUCAGCAUGAGUUUGCAGCUGUUACGGGGGGGAUGUUUGAGUUGUACUGUUAGCCAGUGGCUACCGCCAUGGUAGCGAUGAGCUUGGAUGUAGCAAAAAUAUCCAAACAGUUGCAUGCAAAACAUCCAAAUGGUUGCGUGCAAAAAACACCAAACGGUUGCGUGCAAAAAUAUCCAAACAGCUGCGUGCAAAAAUAUCCAAACAGCUGCGUGCAAAAAUGUCCAAACAGCUGCGUGCAAAAAUAUCCAAACAGCUGCGUGCAAAAAUGUCCAAACAGCUGCGUGCAAAAAUAUCCAUACAGUUCAUACACUAUGGUAGGACUGGCCUGUAUAGCUCAGGUUAGCAAUUGAGCUGUGCAUGUCUCACCUCAUUUUGUAUUGAAGCUCUGAUUGGCCCAUCGUGGAUGUGACAGACAGAACGUUUGUCCAAUCAACUUUUAAGAAUUUUUGAUAAAUCCUGCCCUUACAAACAUUUUGCAUGGGAGCUUUCCUGGAUGAAUAAGAAAUAUAUCUAUGUAAUGGAUAUAUGAAUCAGUCUGUCUGGCAUGUCAGAUUAGCAAGGGUCAAUUGGCAACAUUCUCCGUCUGUCAUCCAUCUUGCAAACUUUCAAGCCAAAAUGCAUUUUCCUGGUCGGAGGAUGACUGCACCAUCCAGUGUCAUUUGAAGAGAAAGAGGUGGGAACUACAUACAGGGCUUAGCUUAAGUAAUGUAGUGGGUUGUUCCAUGAGAUAAAAGUGGCACACAACUACAUCACACGUUUGGUUGCUCUGAUUGGUCAGUAAUGUGACAAACAAAAAUGUUUUAACUUGUUUUUGAAAUGUUGUGCCCUGCUCAUAUCUGUCCAUGGAGUGUUGCCCAGAUGAAUGUGAAACAUAUCCGCUGCCACGGACAUGUGAAGCAGUCUAUCUGGUAUGUCAGAUUAUUAAAUACUGGGUUCUUUCAACUUAUCAGUUAGUUUGCAAAUUUGUAUUUCUUUUCUUUGGUAAGCUGAUUUUUGGAGAGCAGAUUUUAACAAGUAAUGAAACCUGUUUUACCUUUUACCAGUACAUGAUAUUAUCAUGUUUUUAGUUGUUUUAAAAGCGAUCAUGAGUUGAUGAUGGUAUAAAAACAGUCUUCCUCUUAGACAAAUGUAUAUUACAUAGAAACUGCACAGACAUAAACUCAGCAGUUGAACUAUGAUGUUUAUUGCCCAGCAGUGUACUUUGCUCAGUGUUAUCUCAUUUAAACUGAGGAUGAUUUUACAUUAAUUAAUCAAUCAGUGGCCAGACAGUCAGUACCAGAGGCCUUUUCUGGCCUGCUGCCCAUCCCGCUCUGAAAUCAAUAGAGAAGCAGUCAGACCAGUCAGAGCUCAGAGCUGAGUGUCUGCCGCUGGCACGAUUUUGAGGGACAAACAUAAUUUUUCUCACUUUCUUUGCUUGACCCUGCCUUUUAAUUCAGCUGCAGGCGAGCAGCACUCUGACAUGAUGAUCAAUAUGUCUCAAUGUCAGAACUGUCUAGUUACAAAGCUGUCUAGGCCACAAAUGGUAGAUCAGUACUUCAGCACAUAAACAACUUCCCGAGGCUCUGUGUGGAUUAAUAAAAAAGAUAAUCAAAUAUUUUGACUUGGAUGACAGGAAAAGAAUAAACCUUUUGGAAACCGUAUUAUUCUUGUUACACCAGUCAUCUUUAAGGUUAAAAAAAAGCUUUUAUUUAACUCUUGAAGUGAAGCAGCUUCAUGAAAUUUAAACCCCAAAUCUGUUUUUCAUGAAAGAACAACCAUAAUAUUUUCAAAUAAAAUGGUGUAUUUGACCCUGUGCAUUUUUAACUGUGAGCUGUUUGCCAUUUUUCCAUCAAUUCAAAAUAAAUGUUUCAUUUCUUCCUUA